AUGCGCCGGGCGCUCGGCAUCCCCAAGACGACCGACAUCCUGCAGCACAUCGAGUCGCUCCCCCCGCCGCGGCAGGCCACGGCCAGCGAGGCCGUCCGCUCCAUCGAGCGGCAGGCCAUGGCCUCGCAGGCGCCGCAGCCCGGGCUCGCCGCCCUCAUGGCCUACCUCGACGACCGCGCCGUGCCCAAGGCCAUCUGCACGCGCAACUUUGACGUGCCCGUGCGGCACCUGCUCGACACCUUCCUCCCCGCGUCGCCCUUCGACCCCGUCGUCACGAGGGCCUUCAAGCCGCCCAAGCCCGACCCCGCGGGCAUCCUGCACAUCGCCCGCCGCUGGGGGCUGCCGGGCGCCGCCGGCCUCAUCAUGGUCGGCGACUCCAUCGACGACAUGGCCGCCGGCAGGAGGGCCGGCGCCGCCACCGUCCUGCUCGUCAACGGCGUCAACGGGGGGCUGGCCGCCCACGAGUACACCGACCUCGUCAUCGAGCGCCUGGAUGACCUGGUGGCCAUCUUGGAGGAUGGCUUCGAGGGACGAGACGCCAGCCAGCGGCGUGACGGGGCGGGCGGCAAGGAUGGCCACUUGGCCGAUGAGCCUACCAGUGCUGCUUUAUAA